CCUAUUUUCGGGUUAUACGUGGUACCACGUGUUGGAUAUUGAGCUGCGCGCUUGAUUUGAGUUUUAUUCUCGUGGUUGGUUAAACGUUCGGGUUUUUCUUCAUUAAGACCAUUUUCUAUGGUGUCUAUAUAAUAUAAAGCUUCAGCAACUCAAGGUUGAACGUAAAUCCUGGAUUAGCCUUCAAACCUCUCCACAUCUGUAUAUAUAUAUAUAUACAUAUAUGAAUGGAUAUCAGCAUUACAGAGCUGUGUAACGUUUUCGGCCAGCAAGAUGGGAAAGAAAAUUGUCAAAAACAAGUGCUAAAAUUGAUUCAAUUCUUAGCUUCAGAAGAAGGCUGGCCAUUGUGUACAUCUGUCCUGCUAAAUUCUGAUACUAAUCUGUCAAAUGUAAAUUCACUCCCCGAGGAACAAAAGUCAGCUGUCUUCUUUUUGUGCUGUAGAGCUAUUGAAGAGAGUUUAAAGUCUAAUCUACCAGUUCAACCGAAUGAAGCAGCAAAAUUUGCUACUUUUGCUUGUCAAUGGUUAAGAUGUCUUAUUAAUCCGGCUGAUGGAAUCAGAAAACCAAAAUAUUUUCAAGCAAAAGCUGGUCAGUUAAUUAGUUUAGCUAUUGUUCGAUAUUUCCCAAAUCAUUGGUCAUCUUUAUUUGAUGACCUGUUAUCAAUUCUACUGGAAGCAACAGGUAAACAAGCCAAUGAAACAAACAAUUCUGAUGUAGUCGCUGUUGAUCUCUUCCUUGAUAUAUUAAUCGAUUUAGACAGUUGUAUCAUUUCAAGAAAUAUCCAACUGACUACUGAUGAGUUGAAACGUAGUAAUGAAUUGAAGGAUGCAAUGAGAGAAUCGUGCGUCGGUUCACUUAUUCAUACAUGUUAUCAGUUAAUACAACGUUUUAUCAAUUCAUCAUACCAGUCGAAUGCUUGCUUAAUUCGAAAAAUUCUGCAUACAAUCGGUUUAUACGCCUCUUGGGUGGAUUUAUCACUGCUGGCCAAUGCAGAAUGGAUUACAUUAAUGCAUCGAUUACUACAAUUAUCCCUUGAUAACAAUCAUCAUCGUCAGCAUAAUAAUACUAGCAAUAAUAAUAAUGAUAGUAAUAAUUCAUCCAAUGCAAUUAUUCGCUGCGGUGUCUACUCCUGUCUGAUAGGUUUUGUCAAUAAAGGUAUGCCAGUCAUUGAUAAGCUAAGAUUACUUACUGGUAUUUGGGAACAAUUAGGUUCAGUGUUAAUCAUCGGUGGGGAUCCAAGUAUUAUUUCUUCUACGGCUUCAAUGAAUCAUAAUAAUACAGAAGGGCGACAUGACAGUGAAGAGUUGAAUGAUGAUCAGUUGGAGGCGUUAACUACGCUGGCCAAUUUAAUUGAUGCAAUGGGGAUACAGUUGAUAUCUGUGUACAGAAAUUUAUAUGAUGCAAGUGUUCUCUCAGCUACAAACUGCAAUCAAACCAAUAGUCAAUUUCAAUCCAACUCUGAUACAACUGCAUUCUUACCAAUAGCAUUAGAAACAUUAGAAGAUAGGCUAAAUAUCGCCCUACGUCUAUUCGAGCAUAAAGAAAGUACAGUUAGUCUAGCGGUGAUGACAUUUGUUCGUGCGUAUUUAAGCCUGUUGAAAAGUGUUGUCAAUCCAUCCUCCGAGAACAGUAUGAUCUCACCAAGUGGACGUCGCCAACGUAAUCGUAAUAGUUCUGCUUCAAUGGUGGAACCAACAACACUAUCAGGUUCUACAUGUAUUAACACUUCGGUUUCUGGUCAUUUAGAAAUCAAUGAAUUAAGAUCAUUUUUUGUUAAACGUUUGUUAUACGCUUGUGUGGAUAAAAUGAAGUCGCUACCGAUUUGUGCAGAUCCAGAAGAUGACGAAAGUGAAUACGAAGAAUAUCGUCAUGAUCUGCGUACAUUAAUUGGCAAUAUUACUCAAUUAGAUAGUAGAUUUGUAUUGGAUACUAUUCAUCAAUUAGUUAGACAUUCUCAUCAUACACUGAGCUCAUGUGCUGUGAAAAAUAUUCCGCUUACUUCAGAAAAUUUACAACAAAUUGAUGUCACUUUAAAUUUAUUCUACUUAUUUGGAGAAAAUUGUAAGGCUAGUAGAAAUGAUCAUUUCAGUCAACCUUUCCCAUUGCAUCAAAAUAUGAUCGAGAUUAUGUCGAUUCUGUGCACUGAUGCAUUCUCUCGUCUACCACAUGAAGUGUUGCAAUUACAAUAUUUUGAAAUUAUGACUAGAUAUGAACGGUAUUUCAGCAUAGUUCCUGAACACCUUUUCAAUGUGAUGAAUGCUUUUGUUGACGAACGAGGCUUACAUCAUCCAUGCAGUAGUGUUCGAGUACGCUGUGCUUAUUUAAUUAGUCGUAUUAUCAAAUCUCAUAGAAAAACACUCCUUCCACAUACAGAAGAAUAUCUUUCCCGGUUGUCCGACUUACUAGAAUUAUCUCUUGAACCAACAGACUGUAAUCUAUUAAACGGUGAAGUAGUAGGGGUGAAUGGAAAUGCUUCUUCUGCCUUUAUGAAUGGACAUAUCAAUAACAAAUCGUCUGUUAAUCAAACUGGUUUAGGCAUAACAGAACAAGGUUUUCUCUAUGAAGCAGCAGCACAACUGAUCGCCGGCGGCGGUGGUAAUGUCGUUUCAGAUGAUGUUGAUCGUAUUGGCCAAUUGUUCCGUGUCCUACUCACACCUGUUAUGAUUCAAUAUGAUCAAUUCGUGACAAAGUAUAUCACUGAACAAAAUCCGAAAUUAGCUGAAGUACGUGGAGUGCUAGUGAAACAAGUCACUGAUCUUAUCACAAGAACCACCAAAGUGUUUUCUCAGCCGAAAUCAGUUAUCACUUCAGGAUGUGAAGCUGUCUUAAUCGAUGCAAUGCGACUUAUCAUUUCAGAAUUGUCACGUUUCCCAACAGAAGCGGCUAGUCCAGGACGACAGGCUGCUUGUGCUGGAGUUCGUGCUUUCCUUCAUCGUAUGGUGGCGUGUAUUAUGCCAUCGCCAUCACCAUCACCAGGGGAAUCUGGGAACACCAGCAGUAGCAAUUCAGUAACUUCGGAUAUGUUAUUAGCUGCACUUGUCGACGCUGUACCCCAACUGGUUAAGCCUUUACGAUCAUCUACUACAAACGCAUGUUAUAAUGGUGGUGGUAGUCAUCAGUUAUCAUCGGAUAUUAUGACCGUGGAUGCUGAACAACGUUGGAAAGAAAUUAGAGAUGUUAUACCACUUGUUACACAAGUACUACUCAGAUUUAAGAAUCAAAGUAUUCCUUUCCUAUCAAGCUGUUUACCAGGUCUGUUGGAAGCUAUCAUGAAUGCUUUAAAUGAACCACUUCCAUCAGAUCAACCAACAUUAAGUGAAGAAAGAAAACUUCUACGUCGUGGUUAUCUUCAAUUAUUACAAAGUAUAUAUCAAUCAGUUCCAGAUGUAUUUUCACAGCUUAUUAGUGAAAAUAUUGUACAAAGUCUUUCCACAGUUUUAGGACAAGUUCAAGCCUGUCUAGAAUGCGAGGAUCCAGUUGGUCUACGCUCAGGCAUAAUAUUAUUUUUACAAUUAAUACAAUCAGCUGGUCAUGAUACACGAUUUUAUGAAGAUUUUCUACUGUUACACUUUAUUCCAUUUUGUAUACUUGCACCAAUCUCUCCUGCAUUUCAUACAACUGAUGGUCAAUUCAUAUUGAUUUUAGAUAAAAUUUCUGAGUGCCUAUAUAUUUUAUCACAAAAACAGGAUGGCCUUCAUACUUAUUUAAAAGACUAUUUUCUACCAAGACAACAAUUAUCUCCGGAAUUGAUUCAAUCAUAUACUACUGCUCUGAAAUCGAAUCUUAAAGAUUUUCAAUCAUUCAUUAGGAGUUUCUAUUCACGUUUCCAUUAACAACCAAACUGAUCUCAAGUCGAUACAUUAUGGAGAAAAUAUCCAAUAUAAUAAUAGGCUUGAUUUGGAAUAGAUCAACUUCCAAUGUGUGUGUGUGUGUGUGUGUGUGUAUCUAUGUAUGUAUGCUUAUUUCAUUCAUUAUGCUUUUAUUCCUUGUAUAAAGAAAAAGUGGAGCAAAAAGAGGAAAAGGAACCACCAUGUGUCUUAACCAACCCCCUACCCACCCUCCUACAACCUCACCCGCCCAUCCGUCCUCCUUAUAUACCUAUUCACAGGCUAGACUAGAUGCCAGUAGAGUGUAAAGCGGGGCAGUUUAACAGAAGAAACAUAAUUUUGAUGACACAUACAAUAUAUAAUAUAAUACUUUGCUAUUUUUGCUCACUUAAUUUGUGUAAUUUCUUUCUUCUGUUUUUUGUAAUGUUUUUUCCUUGGCUUUGUCCUUUUAUUUGUGUGAAGUAUUAGUAAUAAUAAUAAUAGUAAUAUUACUGGUGAUUUACAACAUUCCUUUAAUGUGCAUCUAAAUCAUUUUUAUGCGUGUUAUUAUUAUUAUUUAUUAUUAUUAUGUAAUUUUUAGUUUUUGUCUUUGGCUUCUUUCACCUCUCCAUUUGCCCCCCCGCCGGCAUCCUGCAGUCGUCUCCCAACUCCUCAACUUAAUUCCGCCUCUCUCUCUCUGCACAUCCAACCACCCAUCCACUCAUCCUUACAUACAGACUGCUUGUAACCUUUGCAUUUCUUUCUGUGUGCUGCUAUUUGUGAAAUUUGACAAAACUGUGGGUUCACGGGACAGAGAUGGAUGGAUGUGUGUGUGUGUGUGCUAUCGGAGUCUCUUUUCUUAAUUAUUAUUUUUAUUUUCUUUGAUUUUUCCUUCUCUGAUCUAUCAUUACUGUUGUUGUUGUUAGUGUCAUUGAUUAUCUCAGGAUUAAAUGUGAAAGUUGUUCAAUCGAUUGAUCCCUGAAUGUAAGACUGUUUUUUUCUCUCUCUCCGUGUGUGUGUGUGUGUGUGAAUGUGUGAUUAGUUCUCUUUAUUUUUUGCUUGAAUUUCAAUUUCCUUCUCUCUUUUAUGUGUUUGUAUAUGGUGAAUGAUUAUAUCUCAUAUGUUUGAAUUGAAUAAAAAAAACAUUUUCAUUAUUUGAUGA